GCAACGCCUAUCUCUGGACCACCUGAGUACCCGUAUGACUUCUAGUACCGGCAACGACGAUGAGCAGCAAUAUCUUCUGAAUACCCAUUCUGGAUCCCAUUAUGACUCGACCAAGACAGUCGUCGUCGCUAGUGGUAUCGACGGCGUUGCAAUACAUAGGAAUGAAAGUGAUUCGCGCAACGGGGAAUCCUAUGACGAUGUACCUCAGGCAAAGCGACGGCUAGGUCUAUUCAGCGCCACCUUUUUAAUAUUCAAUCGAAUCAUUGGAACUGGUAUAUAUGCGACGCCAAGCGUCAUCUUACGCUCGUCUGGAAGUCCGGGCCUUGCACUAGUUAUGUGGUUAGUUGGAGCAAGUAUUGCAGCGGUAGGAACAGCUGUUUACAUUGAACUUGGCACCGGACUGCCUCGAAGUGGUGGAGAGAAGAAUUACCUCGAAUUCAUAUAUAGACGUCCCAAGUUCCUAGCAACAUGCGCAUUUUCUGUUUAUGCGAUUAUCACGGGCUCAUCGGCUGCUAACAGUCUUGUUUUUGGAGAAUAUGUUCUUCAUGCUCUGAGCAUCGAACCUGCUAGAUGGAAUACUCGUUUUGUAGCAUUCUUGUGUAUAUCCUUUUGCUGUCUGCUCCAUGGCACCACAUUCAAGUGGGGACUCCGCCUUCAGAAUACGCUAGGUCUUUUCAAGCUCUUCCUCCUUUCAUCGAUAGGUACCGCGGGUUUGUUUUGUCUGGCUGGUGUCCCCGGAUUUCGCAUUAGAGGCGAAUAUGAGGCUCCCGAUAAUCUCCGGUGGGAUAAGCUGUGGCAAGGUAGUAACUCCGAUGCAAAUGCUUUGAUAUCUGGUUUGUACAACAUUAUUUGGUCUUUCGUUGGCUAUUCUACUGCCAAUUAUGCAUUGUCCGAGGUCAGAAACCCUGUUCGGACGAUAAAGAGGGCAGCACCUCUGGCCCUUAUUUCUGUAACCGCAGUCUACCUGCUAGUCAACGUUGGUUACUUCGCUGUGGUUUCCAAAGGCGAUAUAAUAGGAAGCCGGCGGAUCGUUGCAGCUUUGUUCUUCCGAAACCUAUUUGGACCAAACUUGGAACGAGUUCUCAGCGUUUUUAUUGCCUUAUCGACGCUAGGAAAUUUGCUUACCGGCCAGUUCAGUCAAGGGCGCAUCAUACAGGAAUUGGGCCGAGAAGGGGUGAUACCAUUAUCGUGGUUCUUUGCCAGCAACAUGCCAUUCAACGCGCCCUUGGCAGGUCUUGCUACGAACUGGUUCUUUUCUACUAUGUUCAUGGUUCUUCCCCCACCUGGUGAUGCCUACUUGUUCAUGAUUAGUCUGUCAUCCUACUGUCUUGCUAUCAUAAAUGCUCUCGUUUCCGUGGGCCUUCUGCUGCUGUACACUUCUGCGUACAGGGCAUGGAGUUGGGACCCUCCAUUCCGAGCUCCCAAGAUUGCAAUCGUCUUGUUCUUUUUAUCUAAUGUAUUCCUGAUACUCGUUCCUCUAAUACCACCCGCGCCUGGAUCAAGAACGUAUGAGCAUUUGCCUUAUUGGUCUCAUGCUGUUGUCGCUUUUGCUGUAUCUCUCAUCGGUGUUGGAUACUGGUAUGUCUGGUGUGUUUCGCUACCUCGAAAGAAAGGUUAUAGAUUAGAAAGAACUUGGGUUCUGCAGGAGGAUGGCGUUUCUCGUUGUGUUUUCCGUCAGAUACCUCUAUGAUAAAUUAGCCCCUAUUAUGAUCAUGUGUAUGUAUUUGAGUCGGGAGCAUCUGCCAAACUUUACGGAUUGCUGAC